AACACUAGAAUCUUCUAUAACAUGAAAUUUGUCACUUUUACUUGAACAUCACCUACAAUUGUUUUCAGUCAAGCUUAAACAAUCCAACACCAAUAUGAAGACCACUUUAGUGUUUUCAAUUCAGUUUGGUCUCUUGAUGUUGGUUCAAUGUGUUAGGCAUCAAUUUGACCCCCUUUCAAGAUUCCAAAAGGUUCAAUAUCUUAAACAGACGUAUGACAGUCCAGAACUGACAACCGAAGAUUUUGUUGUUCACGUAGGCACACACCACGGGUUAAAGGAGGCUGACAAGAUAUCAAGAUUACCUGGACAACCAAGAGGAUCCAAGUUUAAUCAGUAUUCGGGUUAUGUAACCGUCGAUCCACAUCAUGGUAGAGCUUUGUUCUAUUAUUUUGCUGAGUCAAUACAUAGACCUUCUCAAAAACCUCUUGUGUUAUGGCUCAACGGAGGACCCGGAUGUUCUUCGAUUGGAGGCGGAACAAUGAUGGAACUUGGCCCAUUUCGAGUCAAUAAUGACGGUAAAACCCUAUCGAUAAACAAGUAUUCUUGGAAUAAAGUGGCUAAUAUGUUAUUUUUGGAAUCUCCGGCUGGUGUCGGAUUUUCAUACUCGAAUAAAUCUUCUGACUACAAAACCCCCGGUGAUGCACAAACUGCAAAAGAUUCAUUCACAUUUCUAAUCAACUGGUUGGAAAGGUUCCCAGAAUAUAAAACCAGAGAUUUUUACAUUGCGGGAGAAAGCUAUGCAGGACAUUACAUACCUCAACUUGCCCAAUUAAUCAUUAGAAGCAACGAAGAUGAUAAACAUACCUUUAUCAACCUGAAAGGGAUUGCGAUUGGAAACGCGUUUAUUGAUGACGAAACACAAAGAAAGGGAAAACAUGAUUUUUUGUGGUCGCGUUCAAUGGUUUCUGAUGAAAUCCACGAUGGGAUCGUUGCGAAUUGCGAUUUUUCGUGGAAUUCGGUUUUGUCUGAUAUAUGUAAAGCUUAUAUUAACGAAGAGAAUUACAUCGUUGGGAAUGUCUUUCCUUUCGAUAUUUAUGCUCCUUUAUGUUUGAAUGGAACAUCUGCCAAGACAACAGGUUUUGAUCCAUGCACACAAGACUAUAUCGAAAGUUACAUGAACAUCCCUCAAGUCCAAAAAGCGUUUCACGCGAAUCUCACAGGCCUUCCAGGACACUGGGAAGAUUGCAAUGACAAGAUAUUUGAUAAUUGGACCGAUCAACCGUUUACUAUGUUACCAACUAUCCAACGACUCAUGGGGAGUGGCAUCCGGUUUUGGAUUUAUAGCGGAGAUAUUGAUAGUAGAGUUGCGGUGACAACAACCAAAUAUGCAAUAAAGAAACUUACUACAACGAUAAAGACACCAUGGUAUCCAUGGUACUUGAAAGGCGAGGUCGGCGGAUAUGUGGUUGAAUAUGAAAACCUAACGUUUCUUACCAUUAGAGGAGCUGGACACUUCGUACCAAGCUAUCAGCCUGCACGUGCACUCGCACUUUUCUCAUCUUUUUUGGAUGGAAAGCCUCCCGUGUCUAUGUAGUUAUGCUUCUAGUUUCGGGCUCACAAUUAGAAUCCGAGCUUGCUUUUGAUGCGUAGUCUUUUGAUGUGUUAUUGAGCUUAGUUUGCGUUUUGAAGGAAAUUACAAUAAAUUAGUUUGCUUUUC